AUGACUUCCACCAUUGGAAUCCCGAUCAAGCUGCUCAACGAGGCCACCGGCCACCAAGUCACGGUUGAAAUCACCUCCGGCCAGACAUAUCGUGGAAAGCUGAUCGAAGCGGAGGACAACAUGAACGUACAGCUCGAGAACAUCAACGUCACCCAGCGCGAUGGUCGCGUUACGCAUCUCGACCGCGUGUACAUCCGUGGCUCGCAUGUGCGUCUAUUCAUUGUACCGGACAUGCUGAGGAAUGCGCCCAUGUUCAAGAGUAAAGGAGCGCGUGGACGGGGUGUGGGUCUGGCGAGAGGCAGGGCUACCGUCAACCGCGCGCAGGGCUCGGGAGGUCCUCGGGGAGGUGGACGUGGGAGAGGUUGA